AUGAAAGCAGGCGAUGUGACGAUAAGAAUUCCACGCCUGGCAAAUGUUUGCCCACCUGGAUCACCUUCAUUGCGACUUGCUCUCGUGGUGUUAAGCAUUGGGGCCGCGAGUCAUUUUCUGGUGAAUUUGGUCAAGAGAAAACCGAGAAUCCAAUCCGUUUUAUAGCUGUUCUUGGACAGCGUCGUCGAUAAUUUGCUUCCAGCCGCGAUGCCCUUUUUUCUCUCCGUAUAUCGAAAUAAAGAAGACGGUUUGAAUGGAAAAAAGUUAUCAUGAAACCACGUGAAGUCAUUCAGAAAGUAAAUCGAGAUACUUUUUCCAAGUACUCUGUUUUUUUUUUCCGAAAAUUCGAUUCAAUCCUCUCUUUACUUCUCGUGGCUCUCUAAUAGGAGAACUUCAAACAAACCACUUCAUUUUCAGCUGAAAUGGCGUGGGAAGUAAUGAUUUCUUCGAGGAUCUACGGACUAGCUGCCGGAUGCCUUAUAUCCAUGCUCAUAUCACAAAAAAGCGGUCGAAAAAUUCCAGUCGUCAUCGGUGAGUCUGAAGAUUUGAGACAUGAUGAAAACUUCUUUCCUGUCAUGUUCAGGCACAAUAUUGGAUGUUAUUGGAAUUGCCCUGACGUUAUUAACAACAUAUGUGCCAUCGGGUGUCAUUUUUGCCAUAUUUGGAAGGUUUAUCAAUGGAGUGGGCCAAGGAAUUGUUCAGGUACUAACCAAAUACGGCUUUUUCUGAUAUUUGGAUACUGGGUUUGGAGGAAUUUUCGAUUUCGAUAAGAUAGUGAAUGCUUAUAAAAAUAUUGGAUCAAUUAUUUAUUAGUAUAAUUAAACCUCAGGGGUUCGUGUACUACUAGGUUUCAGGCUAAAAAAAUUAACGAAUAGGUUACUAAGGCUCAACUACAAAAACGUCCAUGUUCUUCAACGUUUUUUUAAUGUCUCUAUGACCUCAUCGGUAAGAGAAAUUUGAGCUUUCCUCCAAACAAUAAAAAAAAAAUCAAAAAAUUAAAAACAAAAAAUCGUUAAACCCAAGCAAAACAGAUAAAAAAGGUGUCACUCAAAAAUCGAAAAUGCAAAUUUUAGACGGUCGGGUCAGCGAUGUUGGCCGAGUUGCCGCCGUUGAAAAAACGAGGGACAGCACUGGCUAGUUUGGUAGGAAAAUCAACUACUUUCAAUCCAUUUUUACUGAAAUUUUUCAGACAAUGUGGGCUUGUGUUGGCGAGUUGGGAGGGAUGUUCAUAUCAUUGGACGACAUUUUGGGAAAGCCGGCGACUUGGCAACUCGCCAUGGGAGUUCCAUUGCUCUUUCUUAUUCCAGCGCUCUACAUUCUUCUGAAGGCCCCAGAAUCUCCAAGGUUUCAAUUUAAAAAAAAAUGAAAUUUUUUUCGAAAGAGAGCUGAAAAAACAAAAUUUCCUUUAUGUUGUUUGAGCUCUUGAUUUGAAAAAAAGGAAAAUUUUAAAGUUUAUGAUCAUUAAAAAAAAAAUUCGAAUUUCAAAAGUAACCGGAUGUCAUCGGAAAAUCCAAAAAAGAAAUUUUUUUUCUGAAGCGAGAUUCAUUUGAUCUUCUAAUCUGCCUUUUCUACAAUCCGCCUCCAAAAAAAAGUUUUUCAGGUACCUAUAUUUGACGAACAGAGAGUUUGAAGCAAGAAAGGCCAUGUCGUACUAUCAAGUAAGUUGUAAUUUUCGCAAAUUCUGAUACCAAUAGGACUUCAGAAUCCAUCAGAUGGGAAGCAAUCUCUGGAAGAAAUAAUGGGCGAAGCACAAAUCGUAAGAAUUUUGUAGCAAAAAAAUAAAUUCAACGGUUUUCAGCUUCUAAAAGACAAAUGUAUCGAUGAAAACGGGAAUGCGAGCAAAGUUGAAAAAUCUGAGAAAUUUGUAUUGAAAACCAUCGUCCAAAGGCUGAAAGUAGGCGUUUAUUGAAGAAUGAAAGCAGGAAGUGACCUGGAAAAAUGUUAAGGACGGACAGUUCUCUCGGCCAUUAAUCAUCGCUCUGUUUGUGCAAAGUUUCGUUCAUCUCGACGACUGGGUUCGUUCUUUUUCCUGUCAGCAGCUUGAGAAUGUCUGAUUAACAGCUGUGGAUAUCCUACUCGACGCAUAUCUUCGAAAAUAAUGGCCUCUCGGCGGGAAAAGCCCAGAGAGCCUCUCUCUUGAUGUCUCUUCCACAAGCAAUCAUCAGCGUUGCUCUUCUGGGGUUUGUAAUUCUAGAAUUGGAGAAAAAUAUGACAUCAUGGCUCUUUUCAGCUUUUUUGACAAUUUUCGUCGACGGACUCUUUUGAUUAUCCCAACCAUGUUCAGCGUCGCAUUCGGGGCCGUUGCAAUAUUUUUCACGUCGUUUUCUUCAGGUUUCCGAAAGUUUUGAAGUUCAUUUUAGGUGUUAUGAAAAAAGACCAGCAAAACGGCUACUUUUUCCGAUUUUUUCAUAUCGUUAGGGAACUCCUACGGAGAAGUUUCCGACUUUUUUCUCGAUGAACUCUUUGUUUUGAAUUUUCCUAUAUAAAGUAGGCAAGUUAUUCAUGAUCGAAACAAAAAGAAAUAGAAAAAAAUGUUAAUAGUUAUUUUAUAAACCGAGAUACACAAAGGAAAAAAAUCGGAAAAGGAUUCGUCGGAAAAAGGUGGCGGAAAGUUGCCUGGCAAUAUUAUAAAAUUGAAAAAGUCGUUGUUCAAAAAUUCGCUCGCUUUUUUUUCAUACCAAGGUGAAUAAGAUAAUGAGUCCUUACUUUGAAGAAAUGACAAAAAUUUUUCGAAAACGCACAAAUAAAAAAACACAUUUUUUCAUCGCUGGCUUAAGACAGUAUAAAUUUGUUUGAUUUGCAAUUCAGCAUGUAGAAAAUUUUCUCAACAACUUCUCGUCCUUGCAUUUUGCUCUCAAACUAUACUAUCAAAAAAUUCUUCUUCCAAAAGAUGAUUCAUUUCCCAAAAGACAUAAAAGAUUAAAAGUGAUCAAACUAAAAAUAAUCUUCAGCUUCGCCAUUCGGAAUUCCCACCGCUUUGAUUCUUCCCAUCCUGGCGGCGCUCGACCUUUCGGUAGCGGCUAUCAGUGGCGAAAGCGCCUAUGCAAUCGUUCCUGAACUAUUCCUCCCGAAUGAUAAGGUCUUGGGAACCGCCAUGGUUGGAAUAACACAGGUUCGAACCGGUGGAUCUUCAAAAACUCAUGCUUUGUGAUGAUUUCAGAAUAUUUUCGGAGGACUUUUGACAAACUUCCUAUUGACUGCUGUCAACAAAAUUGGAACUGCAAAAGUACUUGUUCCUUUUGUGAUGAUGAAUGCAAUCUACGUUCUUUUCACGUACAAUUUUUUGCCAGAGACGGGGGAAAAAACUCCGCAGGUUGGUUUUUUGUACCGGGUCAAAAAAAAAAAGCAAACUAGGAUUACUAUCAGUAUUGGGCACGGACAAAAAAUGAAUUUACCGUUUCAAUCAGUCAGAAAUUGUGCUAGAAUAGGUAUCCAUUUUUUCGGGGUAUUUAUGAAUAAAAAUCGAUGAAGUUUUCGUAGGCUGAUUGAUUUUUCACAAAGUGCUAGCUUAGAUAAUUCGAAAAAACCACUGAGAAUUUAUACGAAAAUCUGAAAAUAUAUUUUUUUCAAAUGAAAGAAAAAAGGUGACGACUUUUUUUCAAAGCUUCACCUCAAAAUUUUUAGUCCCUGAAUCCUACUUAUUUUUCAGGAAGUCGCUCGGAAUUUCUCCAACGACAUGCCUGGUCUGGACUCUCUGAGCUUGGUCAGGAAAAAGAUUUGUGCAUUUUUCGAUGCACGAAGCUUCACCGUAAGCGUCAUUUUUUUAAUCUAUUUGUUUUUAUUGUACAAAUGAUCAUGUGUUUUUUUCUUUAUUGAUUUUUUUGUUACAACGUCUACAAUGCUAUCGGGAUGUCUUCUAGUUGAACCUGUGA